AUGCGGGGGCAGGCGCAGCAGCUGACGGCUGGGCACGAGGCCUGCAAGAAGGACCUCGCCGCCAGCGAGUCGGGGGAAGACGCUGGAAGCCCUGGAGAGGACGAUGCGAACGUACGAGACCAAUACCUUCUUCCUGAAGGACUUCGUGGAGACAGAAAGAGAGGGAGAUAG